AUGGCUCCUCGUCGGAAUAAGAAGUCUGAAGUCAAGCAACGCUCCAUCACCUCCUUCUUCCGGCCCCACCCUGCCGCUCCCGUUCCCGAUCCCGAGCCCAAGCCCGAAUCUGCCGGAUUGAGACUCUUUCCGAUAUUUGCCAAUAUGCUUGCCGACUGGAUUAAUGCCAUUGCCAAGCUAGAUUUCAAGGUUUGCAAGUGUCGACUGGUAUGGGACUUCAAUUCAGUUUCCAACAUUUCCAUUAUGCAUAAGAUCUUCCGUUUAGGACAGAAACAUGUCGGACAGGUUAAGCAAUGGAGGUCAUGGAGUCUUGAUAAGAAGCGAGCUGUCUUGGAAGCUCUUCAAAUAGGUACCAAAACCCCCACAGUUGAUCAGGAGCUCAGUAAGCACUCGUAUAACGAGAUUUUCGAUCCGGGUAGUGUCACCAACAAGGCCCCCAAUCAAAAGUUGCUUGAGUAUCUGAAGCGAGGUAGAGAUGUACCAUGCUGCGGAUCGACUAAGUGCAACAGAUAUGCAAAGGAGGCCGGAUAUGGUGAGAAGGGAGCCAACAAUACCGUCUGUCUUUAUUGGAUGGUCUAUUUCUUCUGUGACAAGAUACGAGGUCUCGUGUUGCAGAAGACAAUAGCGACAAUGGAAGAAAUCCGCUUCCAUAUACUCGACCGCUGGAACCUUCCCCUUGUCUGA